AACAGGAACGAAAUGGCGCGGGGGGGGGGUGGCAACCACCCCCCCCCCCAUGUGCGUUCUAGGAUGGGAAAAUGGCAUGUGCGGGCGAGGGUUAAAACGCUCAUACACGACCAGCAGUGUUUGUCCGACGCAGAAAAACUCGCCCAUCUUCAGUCUUCUGUCACGGGGCUGGCCAAGCAGACAGUCGAAGGAAUGCUGUAUGAUGGUGCGCUGUAUCCUGUAGCCUUAGAAACGCUCAUGGAGAGAUUUGGAAAGGAACAGGACAUCGUAAAUGCCAAUCUUUCUGCCGUCUUCUGCACACCACCCAUGAAAGAGCUGGACCCGACGGCGCUGGAAAGAUUCCAUGCUGUCGUCCGCUGCGCGGUCAAAGUUCUUGAAAAUAUGGGGUUCGAAGGUGACCUCAACAGCACCGAAAACCUUCGUCGGGUCGUGCUGAAACUACCGAACGAGCUGAAAAGAGAAUGGGGGCGUCAAAUCGUGGAAAUGGAGCCAAAACGACCUGGUCUAAGGGACUUCGACAGCUGGCUGAGCCAACAAGUUCGCAUCGUCACGGCCCUCCCAGCCAAACCCACGGACUACGACAGAACGACUCGCUACAAGAGUGACCGCUCCAAGAGCCUCCUAAGAACACCUUCAGCUCCAGCAACCUUGACCACGGCACCGAAGGCCAGCAUAAAGAGCGCCAGACCUCCGCACGAGCAGGACGCGCCACACUGUAGCUGCGGAGAAUCACACGAGCUGUCCGUGUGCCCUUCGUUUCUGCAGCUGUCAAAAGGAGAACGAGCAAAGUUUAUCGGUGAAAGUGCUCGCUGCUUUCUGUGCCUGAAACUAGGACAUCGGUCGCGACACUGUCCAUCGGUAGAGACAAGUGCGCAUCCAGCAGAGCGAUCGACCAGCCCUCAGCUUUCUCUGGAGGGACUUGGAGUGUGGCCGACCUCCAGACACAUACGAAAUGAAUGUCGCCAUUUUUGGCGCAAAGUGCUCUCCUGCGAUCGCCUCCUACGCGUUACGAAAGGGGAUUGAAAGUCAAGUAGAAGUCGGACUCAACAAGCACUCAGCAUCUGACAUUGCAAAGCAGUUCUACAUGGACGACUACGUGGCCUCAGCAGAAAGUCCUAAGAGUGCUGCCGACCUACUUCACACCGUCACCAAGCUCGUCUCCAAAGGCGGGUUCACCCUGCGAAAAUGGACAAGCAACUCAAGAGAGGUGAUGGAAUCUGCUCAGCCGACCGAUAGGGCUCGUUCCGAAUUGGACGCAUUCACUCCGCUCUCUCCUGAGCGCGUGCUCGGCCUGAUCUGGGACACAGAACAGGACACGAUCGGUCUAAACGUUCCGAAGAAACGAAUUCUCCCAACGACGAAACGGGGAAUUCUGAAGGCAAUAGCAGCGGUAUACGACCCGCUCGGUCUGCUGUCGCCGUUUAUGCUGCAGGCAAAGCUGUUGAUGCAGGUUCUAUGGAGACAGCAGCUUACAUGGGACAGCCAGCUGGACGAACAGGACCUUCACAGGUGGCGAUGCUGGCAAGAGGAAGCCAACAUCCUCUCACAGCUACGGAUCUCUCGCUGUUACACCGCUCUGGAUGGACCAGUGAAGAGGUCAGAGCUGCACGUGUUCAGCGAUGCCUCGGAAGCAGCCUUCGGCGCAGUAGGCUACCUCCGGCAAAUCGACGCGACCGGCGCUAUCCAAUACGCGCUGGUCAUGAGCCGGACUCGAGUCGCUCCUCUGAAGCAGCUGACCGUGGUCCGUCUGGAGUUGCAGGGAGCUGUCUUAGCUACAAGACGUUGGCGUCACCCGCAACAGAUUGCAGACCAUUUCUGGCGCAGAUGGACCAGAGAAUAUCUGCCCACACUGAUCGGUAGACAGAAGUGGACGAAUUAUACCAGAAACAUUCAGAUCGGUGACGUGGUGCUAGUUGCUGAUAGUAACGUACCUCGUGGCCGCUGGCCCCUGGCUCGGGUAGCCAAAGUGUUCCCGGGAUCAGAUGGACGAGUGAGGUCAGUCGAACUAAACACGCCGAGUGGCACAUAUGUCCGACCUGUCGUCCGAUUGUGUGUUCUCGAGGAGUCGGAGUGAGCACGCACGUGACGCAGGGCGUGAGGAAUAUCGGUGUUGUACAUAGGAUCCU